AUGGGAAGUCCCACCAUUGUCGUGGGCAGUGAAUAUAAUAGAAAGGAUGUAGGGCUUUCUUUACUGUUGUUCGUUGGAUUUCAAACACCUGUAAAUAUUAUGGGUUACCAACAGCCAAACUCCGAAGGAUUCUGCUACUUUUUGGCGGACGAUUAUUUUCGCUUUGUGUUACACGGUUCACAAGCUCAGCCAGCAGCCAACAGUGUGGCAGAAACCCUGCGCAGAUCUGGCUCCUCCUUGUAUGCAUCCGGCCAGGAGUUGGAGCGUUGUAUAGACAGUCUCAACUUAAGCUCUCUUGAAGAGGCACAACGAGUGCUCCCCAACCUGAUGAGAGAAGUUUACUCGGACGGAAUUGAUAACUGGGGAAGGAUUGUGACUCUGUUCGCCUUCUGUGGAAUCCUGGUCAGGCACCUGAAAGAGAAAGGCGUCCCGGAGCGAGAGCUGGUUGAGGGCGUAGCUCAGUGGGUGGCUCAGUACACCUGGACUCACAAAGGCGCCUGGAUCAAGAACAACGGUGGCUGGGAGAAGGGCUUUGUGGAACACUUCCAGGAGAAAAAGAAUCCGCACUUCUAUGCCAAGAUAGCUGCUGUAACGGGGAUAGUUGCUGCUUUUUCCUUUGUGAUCUACCAGCAGUGAAGAUGUGGCAGUAGACUUUGCACAUUAGAAACUGAUGCAGCAGGUGAACAUUCUGCCUUGAAUUGAGAACCUGGUACAGGACUUGGACUAAUUAACUUUUGUGAAGUUUGUUGAAUCCAAGCAAAGAUGAGGUGUUUAAGCGCAAUAAAAUCAGAUUUAUUUUGUAGCAAUUUGAAUUUGGGUUGCUUUAUUUAAAUAUGUAAGGAGCAAGUAAUAUUUGUUUGUAUAUUUCCUUUCAUGAACUUGGGAUGUCUCA